AUGCCAGAAAUCGUGGACGACAAGUCGCAGCAUUGCAUUCCAUUUCUACUGCAGCGUUUGCGCAUCCAUACCGAGCGGCACGCCAGUGCCGACGGUAAUACCCCGCCGUUCUUUCUGGGGCUCAAUGGCGUGCAGGGCGCUGGUAAGACCGUGUUGGUGUCAACACUACAAAAUACACUCCGCUCUGAGCCGUACUCGCUCUCCGUGGUGACCCUGUCGCUAGACGAUAUCUAUCUUACCCACGCCGAUCAGGUUGCGCUAGCACAGGCGCAUCCGACAAAUCCACUCCUCCAGCACCGUGGUCAACCGUCAACCCAUGAUCUUGCGCUAGGUGAGAAGGUCUUUGCUUCAAUCGCGGCGGAGCAGCCGACGGCCAUUCCACAGUAUGACAAGUCUGCCUUCGCCGGGCAAGGGGACCGCGUUCCUCAAUCGCAAUGGGAGGUUGUGAACGCCGAGGGCCAGAAGAAAGUCAAGGUCGUCAUUUUUGAAGGAUGGUGUGUCGGUUUCCGCGCCUGGGAUGAUCAGACUCUCCGCGCCAAGUGGGAGGAUGCAGUGCGACAGAAGGAGGGCGGCGACUACCAAGGGCGACUUGGACAUGUCCAGUUCGAAGAUGUGAAAACAGUCAACGACGCAUUGAGGCAAUAUGACGCUCUUACCGACAAACUCGAUGCGCUCAUCCACAUUGAUGCUCAGAAUCUCCGAUUUGUCUAUGAGUGGCGCCAGGAACAAGAGCGUACCUUGCGCGCAGCCAAAGGCACUGGAAUGACGGAGGAACAAGUCAAUCAUUUCGUGGAUGGCUGUCAGUAUCUCUCUCGGCUAGGUUCUAGCUUGAUCGCGCUGACCAUUGUUUCCCUUCCAGAUUAUCCCUCCUAUGAACUCUUCACAGAGACUCUUCGCGAGGGAGCCUUCAAGCCACAGAACACUUCCACAGACAAUUCAGAUUGGCAGGGUAGGCAGCUCCGAUUGGUGGUGAACCGGGAUCGGAGGGUGCAGGAGGUCAUCCAGAUUUGA